AUGGACUUUGACACUGGGAUGUGUGUUUUGGAUACUCUCCAAAACCAAGUUGGGACCACCAAGGAGCAUAAAAAUAUGAUUGUCAAGGAUAUUAUGGGUAAGAUGAUUCACAUGGUUAGAAACGUGUUUGAGAAAAGAAGGAUCAUGCUGGAUUCUCCACAUGGUCAGAGCCUCAAAGGAGCACCUCAAAUGGAUGAAGAAACUCAGAACUGGCCUAUUGCAGAAGAACUUGUAGGUGAACUUGAUGAGUUAAAGUACACUUUUCAAGCUGAUCUUCUUCCCUUGUAUCAUGAUGGCCACCUUGUUGAACCUUCUCAUGCACAGAAUGUGAUUAAUGGCGCCAUUGUUGAAGUUCACUUUGGCAUUCUUCACUGGCACAUUAGUGACUUCAACAUUUUCCAGGCCAAUAUUGAAAAAAUCAUCAUCUUAAAACUUGGAUACAGACAUCACACAUCUAACUAUAAAUGUCUACACCCCAAUGAUACAGUUUCUGAACCAGAGAAGAAAAAAUCAUGUCAUGAUGAAGAUGCACAUUCUUCUGGGUCUCAAGUAUGA